CUCUCCUCACACUCACUCACACGCUGCAGUCAUUCAGAGGCACAGCGUGGAGGCUGCACACAUACACACACCAACACGUUUAGAGCGACAUGGCAAGACUCCCUCACCGCUGUGUGAUGAUAUCAGUGUGUUUGGCAGGAACUCUCCUUCUGCUGCCGCUCUGCUGGGGGUUCGACGAGGACCAUUAUGACUAUGAUUCCACUCAAAUCCCAGAGUACGACUACAAUUCAACAUUCGAUGUCAUGUUCUUCAGCAAUGCCAGCCAUGAAGAUCUAGAGAAGUUUUUAAUGGGAGGAGGGACAGACUCUGGAGAAGAAACAAGCUUUACAGAAACAGAAACAGAAACAGAUGGAAGUGUACAUGAACAAAAGCCCACUGAGCCCACAAUCAUUUUUAGGAAUCAGGCAUCUCAGUCAGCGCCUGUAUGUUUCCUUCUUACUUUGGUUCUGCUGGUUCAUCAGCUGCUCAGACUACUAUAGCAGCACAUGACAGGACCCUGUUCCACACUCUGAACAGAAGUCCAGGAGGAGGAAGAGCAGAUGGACAGAUGACCUGAACGGAAGACAUUUGGACAUCCAGUGCACAUACACACACACACACACACACACGCACACACACACGCACUCAAAGAGCUCAAACAAAAACAGCAGUGGAUCCAUGACAAACCAUGACAACACACGGCUUGCAAGCUGUAAACGAAAAGACACAUUGUUCAUUAUUCUUUGUCACCGCAAAACAAGUGCACAGAGGUCAGAGGUCUCAUAGGCUGGAUCAAUGGAUUGGAAAAUGAAUGUAAAAUGGGGCUAAGCUAAAUGACAGGUUCUUUUGUGGAUAUUCUUUCAGAAUGUGACUCAGAGGAGGUGAUUUGAGGUGCCUGAAUAACAAAGAAUAUGAGAAAAACAAGAUCUUUCCCUUCCCACUAUCCACUGUUUUUUGUAAAAAAAAAAUCAAAGGAAUUUUAACACACUUGUCUCUUUUAUAAGACUUUGCCUGGUUAAAAGCAUAAUUUUAUCUAUAAUGUGCACAUCCUUUGAUUGCCAUGGUGAGGAUAAAUGAGUCAGGAUUGUAAGUUGAGAAACAAGCAAAUCGUUGGUACAAAAUGUAACACAAUUUCAUCUAUAAGCAAAGCUUCAUACAAACUGACCAGGAAUCAGGUUAUGUUUGGGGAAACUGUAGAAACACACUGACUUUCUAUAAUUAAAUCAAGCUUUUCUAGUCAUUUAAAGGUCAUGACCUCUUGCAGAUAUUACAUGUAGGCACUUUUCUUCGCCACUGCACUUCUAAGCCUCACUAUUUCCUCAGUAAUCCUAGAUACAAGCACGUUUUUUAUUUUGUAAUGAAUUUAUUAUAAUGAUUUUUUUACAAAUAGGGAUGGUGAUUUACACCAAAAUGCAAAUGAAUUUGUGAGUUGAGCUUUUUUUAUGUGUUACAAAUUCUGAAUAAAUAUUUUUUCAAGUAA